GUUGUUUUCUGAUCAAGCCCUUCAACUCAGUGUAUCGAAGUUACUAUUUUAAAUAUUUUUCUUCAGGUUUUCUAGGGUGGGUGAUUGGCAUGGCAAUCAAUAUUCAUUCUGAUCAUAUUCUCAGAAAUCUGAGGAAACCAGGGGAAACUGGUUAUAAAAUACCAAAAGGAGGAAUGUUCGAAUAUGUCAGCGGAGCAAACUUUUUUGGAGAGGUCGUGGAAUGGUUUGGGUUUGCCCUUGCCUGCUGCACCAUUCAAAGUCUUGCGUUUGCAUUGUGCAGCCUUUUCAUCUUGGGUUCACGGGCAAGACAACACCACCAAUGGUAUCUUGAGAAAUUUGAAGACUACCCGAAGUCGAGAAAAAUUUUGAUUCCAUUUGUGUAUUGAGCUGUGCUGGAAAUAUGAUAUCUCUCUGG